CCUUAGAUUUACAAACGUAAUUUUUAGCGCCAUUUUUAGUGCCUAACCUAACAAAGAUGAUCGUGCCGAUCAAAAGAGACGGAAACAUAGACACUUGGGCGAUUAUAGAUCUCCAAGGAGAUUUAAAAUUUGAAACUAUCGAUAAUUCAGGCGAUCAAUUAAUCGGCGAUCUUCACUUCACAAAAACUGGAGUACCUAUUUUAAUCAUUGGAAUUCAUGUGUUACAUGGAAAAGAGGUAACACUUGAUAAACCACUGCUUGUAUUGGAGAAACAUCGUGAUACAGGAGAUGAGACGAUGGGAGAGGAAACUACGACAAAAACAGAGUACUUUGUGAAAGCUAUUGUGAGAAAGAAACUCUUGUUUAAAUCAAGGCCGAAGCCUAUAGUAACUAAUGUACCAAAACCAUGUUAAGACAGGUUUGUAAUACUAUUUGCAUUUACACACAUGUAUACAACUUCAUAAGAAAUAAAAUGAUUUUAUUUUAUUAGUUAAAUUAAAUUAGUUCUUAA